GGGAACACUGAGACGAGACACCGGGUCACACACUCAUUCACACUUAUAGGGUUAAUUUAGAGUCACAGAUCUAUCAGCAUGUGUUUGGGCAGUGGGAGGAAACCGGAGAACUAAGAGGUUCUAUCCCUCUAUCUAUCACUUUCUCCUUUCUUUUUUUCUCCUUACCUUUUUCCUGGCACACUUUCCCAAACCCACUCUAUUUCUUUGUUCACUUCGUCUUUCCCUCUUUUUUCUUCUUUCUACGCUUUCAUUCUCUCCAUUUUAAUUCCUAGCCUUUUUCUUCCUCUUUUUGCUUUUCUCACAUUCGUUUUCUUCCGCCGUUCUUUCCAGCCUUUUCCCCUUUUCUUACAGCCUCUCUUUCACUCUGCUCACUCUGUCCAUCUUUAUUUUCUUUUUUUAACUUUUCAAAUUUUUUCCUUUCCAUUUCACACGCUUUCGUUUUCUCUCCAUUUUUUUCCUUUCCUCUUUUUCUCACCGUCUCUUUCUUUCCUUUUUUUGUCUCUGAAACGCGUCCAUAUUGCAUUCCUCCAUCAUGUGCAUCUUCUUUUAGGAAAUGAAAAACGUAGGUUGCGUUUAGGUUUAUUUUUCAUAUGUUAUCCUACGUUAUUCUCCCACUGGUGGGCGUGGCCGGUGUCUGUGACGUCACACCGGUAUCCACCGGUGCAAGCUGCCUUUUUUCUGCUACGCGCGGGUUUGGGGCGGACUGAAACAAACACACACAUACACAGAGCGGUAAUGCUGGAUUUGUUUUUUGGUGUGUGUUUACUUCCCCUCAUCCUGUAAGCUCGCGGGACACGGCGACAUGGCUGCGCGCGGAAACGGAGCAGAAAACAACGACGCCACCGAGGAAUGCUUCGAAGAUGCCUAUGAUCGAAUCCCAGUUGCCUCUAAGAUGGACCUGGCGUCGUCUAUAGAGGAGUGCACGAUGGCUCUCAACCUGCUGCUGAACAACAGGUUCACUGAAGCUCUGGACGUCCUCAGACCCUGGUAUAAGGACAGUGUGUAUCACGCUCUGGGCUACAGCAGUAUUCUGGUGAUGCAGGCAGGAAUGACCUUUGAGCACAAGGACAUUCAGGUUGCCAUGACGGCCAUCAAAGAGUCUCUGGAAACCUGUCAGAAGUUCAGGAAGAGAAGUUCGAUGGUGGAUUCGCUCUCCAGUUUGGUCUCUAAACAGUCAUCUAAUGGUCUGAAAGCAGAGGAGAUGCACGCAGAGAUUUGUUAUGCUGAGUGUCUGCUACAGAAAGCCGCACUGACCUUCAUACAGGACGAGAACAUGAUCAGCUUCAUUAAGGGUGGCAUGAAAAUCCGCACCAGCUAUCAGAUAUACAAGGACUGCCAGAAUGUGUUAAACAUGUGUCAGGAUGUGGACGGACACAUCGAGGCCUUCAGACAGUUUGAAAGUGGAGUGAAGCUGGGCAUCGGCUCCUUCAACCUGAUGUUGUCGCUGCUGCCUGCCCGAAUCCUCCGAUUGCUGGAGUUCAUCGGCUUCUCAGGGAACAGAGAGUUUGGGCUGGCCCAGCUGAGAGAAGGAGCAGCGAAUCACAGUCUAAGAUCUAUCUUGUGUGUGUUAACACUGCUAGUGUACCACACCUACGUCUGCCUCAUCCUCGGAACAGGAGACGGGAACUUAGUGGAAGCAGAGGCUCUGUUAGAGCCGUAUGUGGACAAAUUUCCUAAAGGUUCCAUAAUCCUGUUCUACACGGCGCGGAUCACUGUACUACGUGGACAUUUCCAUAAGGCGCAGCAGAAGUUUGAGGAGUGUAUUAGUUCUCAGCAGCAGUGGCGUCAGAUUCAUCACCUGUGUUACUGGGAGCUGAUGUGGUGUCACUCGUUUCAGCAGCAGUGGAGUGAAGCGUACCGUUACGCCGAUCUACUGUCCAGAGAGAGCCGCUGGUCUAAAGCGAUCUACGUGUAUCAGAAAGCUGCUAUUCUCAGCAUGAUGAGUGAAGAUGAGGUGAAGAACACUGGGGAGGACAUUGUGGGCUUAUUCAGGCAGGUAGAGGGGCUGAAACAACGUUUAGCCGGGAAGUCCAUCCCUACUGAGAAGUUCGCGGUGAGGAAAGCUCGCCGAUACUCGGGAGCCAAACCCGUCAAACUGGUCAUCCCUCUGCUGGAAAUGAUGUAUGUGUGGAACGGGUUCACCAUCGUGGGGAAGCGGCCGGACGCCACAGAGGCGUUACUGAUCACGAUAGAGAGAGCAGAGGCACAACUGAGGAAUAAUCCUAAGCCCACAGAGUAUCACACAGAUGACGAGUGUUUGGUGCAGAUGUUGAAGGGUUUGUGUCUGAAACAUCUGGGCAGGUUACUGCAGGCGGAGCUCUGCUUCUCACAUGUCAUCGCAAGUGAGAAGAGGAUUCGUUAUGAUCAUUAUCUGAUCCCUUUCACUCUCUAUGAGCUGGGUUUACUCUACAAACUUCAGGGAGACGUCACCAAGGCAACCAGAUACAUCGAAGACGCCAAGGUGAAUUAUAAGGAUUACUCGAUGGAGUCUCGGCUGCAUUUCCGGAUCCAUGCAGCGCUGAACAGCCUGAAAGGUACUCCGGUCAACUCGCCAUAGCAACGGGCCCAUCACAUGCUGACCUUUACGAUGGGAGCGGCAUCGUCUUGAUCAUCAGAGUACUGUAAUGAGUGACGAAUAAAACAUUCGUCUACAAACAAGCAAACCAAAGUGCAUUUCCUCCGUUGUGUAUUAGCAGAGAGGAGACGGUACAACACACACACACACACACACACACACACACACUUGUACCUCAGCAGGUGUAAAAAAAAAAAAAAAGCAAACAAACAAAAAAACGGGGGGGGGGGGG